GCAGUUGCAGCGCGAACUUAUUUCAAACUCAGAUCGCAUCUUCAGAUUUCUUUUUGAACUCUGCGACGAGAGACAUUCAUUCCUUCUGUUUGAGUUGGACUUCGUUACAGGGUUUUUUGGAUUUAUUUACGCGAUUUCUAGGUUGCACAGAUUUCUUCAGCCAUUUCAGUGAUAAACAGGACAGAGAUGUCUACCUAUGACAACGUCUCUAUGGGUAAUGGGUCGGAGGAAGACUACUAUGAAGAAGAUUAUGCUUAUGAACAUUCAGAACUUAGGCAGUCACUCAACAUCAUGUCACUCAUAGUUUACUGUUUAGCCUUUGUGCUUGGAGUGGUUGGAAAUGGCAUCGUGAUCUGGGUGUCUGGAUUCAAGAUGAAGAAGACGGUAAAUACAGUUUGGUUUCUCAACCUGGCAGUAGCAGACUUCCUUUUCACUGCCUUCUUGCCUCUCAGUGUGGCGUACACAGCCAUGGGCUUCCACUGGCCAUUUGGACGCUUCAUGUGCAAGUUCAACAGUACACUCGGUUUCCUCAACAUGUUUGCCAGUGUGUACAUCCUGGUGGUAAUUAGUGUGGACCGUUGCAUAUCAGUUGUGCAUCCAAUAUGGGCGCAGAACCAUCGAAGUGUCAGGUGUGCAUCUGGACUAAGCCUUGGUGUCUGGCUAUUUGCCUUACUCUUGAGCUCCCCCUACUUUGUCUUUAGGGACACUGCUCCAGACUACUAUAAUAAAAAUGUUAUCAACUGCUUUAACAACUUUGCCUUUUCUGAUGAUUAUGAAACCAAAGAGGUAGUGGAGCUCCGAUUCCUGCGACACCGUGCUAUGAUCAUAACUCGUUUUCUCCUGGGGUUUGUAGUGCCUUUCUCAGUCAUUGUCUCCUGUUAUGCAAUCAUCAUUCAUCGCCUCAAAAGAAACCGUUCAAUGUCUGGUCGCACAGGACGCCCUUUUAAGAUCAUCGCUGCUGUGAUAACAGCUUUUUUCCUAUGCUGGGCUCCAUACCACAUCUUAGUGCUGAUCGAAAUGGCUCACCACAUGUCCCCUGUGAAUAGCCUUAUCCUGGAGCGUAUAACUACAAUUGGCAUUCCCAUAGCCACUAGUUUGGCUUUUCUCAACAGCUGCCUGAACCCAUUAUUAUAUGUGUUCAUUGGUCAGGAUUUCAAAGAUAAGGUGCGAAAGUCUAUCUUGAAAGUGCUGGAAACAGCAUUCACAGAGGAGGUAUCACGCACUAACACUUGCACAAACUCCAUGCUUAAUAACCGCUUUAAAGACCAAGGAAAUAAGUCCUUUUCUGAUGUAGAGCUAUAAUAAAAAAUACAAAUAAGCUUUUUCAGGAGAUGUCAAACUUUUUGGCAACUACAGGAAACAACCUGGGAAUGUAUACAGCAUGGAGGACAGAAAUAAAAACUGAAAGCUGCAAUCAUUUUUUUUCAUACUGUAACUGUUUAAAUACAAAUAUUAACAGCAAUGCAGCUUAAACUUCAUGUUCAUAUGGACAGUGCUCCAAAGCCACUGUUUUGUACAUAUUUUGGAAGAUUUUAAAAUGUUGACAUUUUUUUUGGACUGUAACCUAGAGAUGUUAAAAUGUUAUUGGGCAUAUAUAAUGUACAUCAACAUUAAGAACAUAUGAUUUAACUUUAAUCAGGGACUAACACAUGGGAAUAUAGAGUUUCUGCUUUGUUCAUCUGAACAUUUGGGUUCGAUAUUGAGUUUGGUGUGGAGUUGCACUACACAUAUAUUUCCACUUCAGGAUCAAUAACAUAUCUAUAUAGACUUAUGAUUAUUAGCAUUAGACAUUUUACAAAUUAGUGUUUGUCACUUGAGAAGGUGACAUAGACAUAUAGCACUAUACUAAAGUGAUCCUGAAUGGGUGGUCAGUUUCUUUGCCAGUAUAUUUAAGAGAUCCGGUGGUCUUCAUGAUAAAGGCAUGCUGUUUGAGAGAUGCUGUGUAAAUGGUUUAAUGCUCACAAGAUAAAAUGGUGAUCAAAAUGUUCAGACAUUAAUGGAGAAUCUCCAUAAUAGCAAUUAUAUAAGUGUGGAUCUGGCUACGAUAGUAUGCUAGUACUAUUGUACUGGCCACAAUGAUGUAACACCGGUAUGCUAGCCUCUAUUCUCAGGCUGUUGAUAGUUGGGUUCCACAUGACCGGCCAUUUCUGAAGUUCUAGAACGGGCAGAUAUCCGAGAUGCUAACAACUUGAUUCUUUAUUGUAAAGAAGAAGAAUUGUUGAUAGCAAUAAAAAAAAACAUUUUACUUUUGUAUUAAUUAUGUGUUUUAAAGAACAUAUGAGGCUUAAAGUGGCUGGCAUAAGUUUCAUUUAACAGACAUUUUAUUUGUUCUGUACCAUUAGAAAUCUUAUAGAAACAUCAAAUAUCCUAACUAGAAGUUUAUUUUUGUGUUUCAAUAUUACAGUUGACAUUUUAAUAAAUUG